UCCCUUCCUCCUGCAGAUGGACUCGAGCACGUGCCUGGAGCUGGCGCUGGAGGGCGAGCGCCUGUGCAAGGCGGGCGACUGCCGCGCGGGCGUGGCGUUCUUCGAGGCGGCCAUCCAGACGGGCACCGACGACCUGCGCACGCUCUCCGCCAUCUACUCGCAGCUCGGCAACGCCUACUUCUACCUGGGCGAGUAUGACAAGGCCAUGGAGUUCCACAAGCUCGACCUCACCGUCGCCAGAACCAUGGGAGACCGGCUGGGCGUGGCCAAAGCCUCCGGCAACCUGGGCAACACGCUCAAGGUGAUGGGCAAGUUCAAAGAGGCCAUCUGCUGCUGCGAGAGGCACCUAUCCAUCUCACAGGAGCUGGAGGACAAGGUUGGUGAAGGGCGAGCACUCUAUAACCUGGGCAACGUGUACCAUGCUCAAGGGAAGCACCUGGGCCGCAUUGGGCCCCAAGAGCCGGGUGGAUUUAGCGAUGAAGUCAAACACUGUCUUCAGAAAGCAGUGGAAUAUUAUGCUGCUAACCUACGUUUGAUGGAGGAGCUGUCUGACCGCUCAGCCCAGGGGAGGGCAUGUGGUAAUCUUGGGAACACUCACUACCUCCUGGGAAAUUUUACUCAGGCGAUUGGAUAUCAUAAUGAGAGAUUAACAAUCGCAAAAGAGUUUGGAGACAAGGCAGCAGAGAGGAGAGCGCACAGUAACCUAGGAAAUGCUCACAUAUUUCUUGGGGAGUUCGAGACUGCAGCGGAGCAUUACAAAAAAACCUUACAACUCGCCCAAGAGCUUAGUGACCGUGCCGUGGAGGCCCAAGCCUGUUAUUCGUUAGGCAAUACGUACACGUUAUUACGUGACUAUCCCAUGGCGAUCCAUUACCACCUGCGGCACCUGGCUAUCGCACAGGAAUUAAAUGACAAAGUGGGAGAAGGACGAGCUUGUUGGAGUUUAGGGAAUGCAUACUCAGCUACUAAUGCCCAUGAGAAAGCCCUUCAGUAUGCCAAUAGACAUUUAGACAUAUCCAAAGAGAUUGGGGACAAAACAGGCCAGGCAGCAGCACAGAUGAACCUCACAGACAUUAGGAAGGUUUUGGGGCUUCCUCCAACAACCAAUGACACGUCAGAGUCGGCAGACGAUGCCAAGUCGCGCACACGUAGGAAGUCCAUGGAGAACAUGGAUCUCCUGAAGACAUCAGUGAAUGAGGAGUCGAGCAUGGAUGAAGACAGUUUCUUUGAGCUCCUCUCCAGGUUCCAGAGCAAGCGCAUGGACGACCAGAGGUGCACGCUUUCCAUCGACAGCAACAAGGAAAACCAGCCAGAGCAAGUGCAUCAGCCGGUUGUGCCCCGGAGGGAGGGUGGGUCGGUGUCGUCCACGGGCUCCACCAACGGCACAACAACUCCCUCUGAUAGUGGUGCAAAUAACUGUGGUGUGUUGGAGGAGUUGAUGGAGAGCAUUGCGGGAAUGCAGAGCCGGCGGAUGGAUGAGCAGAGAGCUUCGUUACCUCAGCUCCCUGGCUUGAACAACCAGCAUGCCAUUCUGCAGCGCCUGUCCGUUGCAGCCAGUGAUUCCACCCCAUUGCCUGACGACAACUUCUUUGACAUGCUGAUGAGAUGUCAGGGCUCGCGCAUCGAGGACCAGCGCAGCUCCCUUCCAAAUGAAGGUCAUCUCACCCACUCAGCCCCCACUGUGCCUGACGAUGACUUCUUCUCCCUCAUCAUGCGGUUCCAGUCGGGCCGGUUGGAGGAUCAGCGGUCCACAAUGCCCCUGGAGGCUACACGCAACAGCACACACCCAACGGCAGAUGAGGAGGAGGCCCCAGCCAAUGGCCAGAGUACAGGGGCCAAGGAUGGCCUAGUCAGCAGACUGGUCAAAGGCAGAAAGUGAGAGGAGCUUGUAGAUUAUGGGAAUACAGUAUUUUUUAGGUAUUUUUGACAAUGUGUAUGAAUUCAGAAGGCGUCUUUGAGCACAUGAUUUCUCUCCGAGGUGUGCUUGGGUCAGUCAUAUUUACCUGACAUAUUUAUGUGUAAUGUUAAAUACUUAUGAAGAGUUGAAUUCUAUUAUAUCAAGGAUAAAUGUAGAAUAAAUGAAUCUGGUAAA